AUGGCUAUUCCAUCAAAAUUUAAUUCAACAAACCUUAAGCAUCAACAAUCAAGGAAUAACAAAAUCCAAACUAUUUAUGAUAAAUUAAAUACUGGCAAUUAUGUGCAAUCAUUUGUCUUGGAAAAUGAUAUUGUACAUAAAGUAUUAGCUCGACGUGGCCGACCGACACUCAAAUUACCUUAUAUUUCAUCAAUGAUGACAGACUCUUUAUUAGAAGCAUAUCACGAUAGUGUAAUCAGUGGUCAUUUCGGUAUUAAUAAAACAUUGUACAAAAUUCAACUUCUCAAUCACUACGAACGCAACUUUUCAUAUUUUGGUGUUUAUAAUAUACCGACAUUAUUUCCAAAGCCAAUUCAUCAACGUACAACAUCAAAAACAUGUGACAAGGUCAAAGAUGCUGCUGUAACAUUUUAUACAGGUGAUGAUAUUUCAUGGCAAGCCCCAGGAAAAUGUGAUUAUGUUGUUGUUAGAGACGAUGGUCAAAAAACAAAACAUCAAAAACAUAUAUCAAUAAGUAAAUCGACAUUUCAAGAAUUACGUCCACGUUUUGUACUAUAUAAAUCAACAUUAGCUCAUCGUAUCUGCAUAUGUGUUUAUCAUGAGAAUAUUCAUCUUCUUAUAAAUGUUCUAUCUAAACAUGUUACUGGAUUAAAAGCAGGUGAUCUUAGUGCAUUUACAUCUAUGCUUAUUUGUGAUAUCAUAUGUAGUGGUAGUGGAGGUGAUGUAGGAUUCUCAUUUGGUUUAGUAUCGAAUAAUACAACACAUGAUAAAUUUAGCGUUGCCACAUGUCUUGAUGUUAUUGUAAAUGAAAUAAAAAGUUAUGUGCCAGAUGUAAAUGAAAUAAUCUUUUUCUCUGAUGGCGCUGCUAGUCAAUUUAAAAAUCGUUUUUUAUUACGUUAUUUAACGUAUAUGAUGGAUGAUAAUGACGUUGAUAUAAUCUGGAACUUUUUUGCUCGUAGUCAUGGUAAAGGUGUUGUAGAUGGCAUAGGUGGCAUAUUGAAACGCUUAGUAUGGUCAGAAAUGAUGGCUGGUAAAAGAUGUACAUCAGCUUCAGAUUUUGUUCAAAUUUGUAAUGAAAAAACCAAAAUAAUAAUAGCAGGAGAAAUAACAAAUGCUCAAAUAGAUGUAACAAUAGCAAAACUAUCACAUAUGUUUGAUCAGACAUGUAGUGUACCUGUUAUACGAAAACAACAUUCUAUUAAAGUUUUACAUAAAAAUAUAAUUGAAUGUAGUUCAUAUACAAAUUGCACACAAACAUUCGUAUUUACCUUUGAAUAA